UCUAUUUCUCCACGUUAAAUACUUAUUACGCUUUUCUGCUGUACAUAUACGCAAUAAACAACUCAAAUGAAGAAAAAUCUGCUGGGAAUAAUUAAAAAUGAGCUCUGAAGUCUGUCCAUUUUGCGGCAAAUCGUUCAAAAGGUUAAAAAGUCACCUGCCUCAUUGUAAAGCUGCAGCUGGUUCCACGACAUCUCAACAUGAAGAACCCAAAACAAAAGAAAAAUCUAAAACCACAACAGACAAUUCUUCUUUGGACAUGAAAGCGGAAAAACAAGAAGUCAAAGCUUUGAUAACACCAAAAGCGAGCAUGAAAAGAACGUCAAAAUGGUCAGAAAAAAUCAAAAUGGCUGCCCAAAUGUCCUCUCCUGCUUCAGUAGAAUCUUCUGAACCUUCUUCAUCCUCAAAAAGCAAAACAAAAAUUAAUUUACAAAGCCAAAAUGAUCAGGAAUCGAUUAAUAAUUUUUGUCCAGAAGAUAAAAACGAAGUAAAAACAUUGCCAGAAAUUGAUCCGUGGAAUUACAAAGGAGAAACUAAAAUUACACUUGAAGAUGUACGGACGACUUUGAGACGAGCAAAACAAAAUGGCACCUCAAAAAAAAGCUCCUUAAUCGACAAAAUUGAGCAGAAUUUUGACAUUUUAAACCAAAAUAAAACUGAAAAUUCAUUAAUUAAAGUACAGCAAGAAGUACCGUCACAAUUAAUGACUUUGAAAUCGAGUAAAAAUGAAAUUACAGUAUCUAAACGUGAAGAUUUUAUGAGUAAAUUGUCAAAAAUUGAAAAUACAGAUUGUAAUUUUACGCUCAGAUCAGAGAUUUUGACGGACGGUUUGAGAAUGGAUCACCACACGAUGGGACUGGCUGCGGUUUCAAAUCCAGUCAAGACGUUUUUAGGGGCAGAAGUUUCAACCAAAUCAUUUAGAAAAGAUUUAGCGCCACUUUUAAACCAAAAUCCGGAUAAAAACGCGAGUGAGAUGGAGCAGACGAGGAGAGAUGUGAGGAAACAAGAUGGCCGACAAUCCACAAGAGGAGCGUUGACGCAGCGGAGGUUGGGUCAGGUGACUCUCAGGGAGCUUCCCGAUUGGCUGGUUUUAAAAUCACCCCGACGACCUCGAGACGCGAUCGACAUGGUGCAAAGAGGCUGGCAGUGGUACUACCGCCGCUACAUCGACGUGAAAAAGGGCGGAGUCGGGGGCGUGGCCAUGCUGCUCGCCGGUUACUGCGUCCUCAGCUACGUCUGGACCUACCCUCACCUGAAGCGAGAUCGAUGGAGGAAAUACCACUGAAGGAAGAAAACCAUCUCAAAACGUUACAACGAAGGAUCUUAAAAGUGAAGCGUGACAUUUUGAGACGUUUGAAUGUCAUGAAAUGCUCCACAGUGGGGCUUUAACCCUGCGUGAUGUCACCAAAUACUUGAAAUGGCAGAGGACACUGGAGGCAGAACGGGUUUAGAUGAAGGCGUUUUGACCAGAAAGCUGCAAAUUUAAUCGGUUUGCACGAAAAUGGCCCAAAAAAAUGACUAUGAAGCAGCAGAUCCACAGUUUAGCAGCAAAAACAGCCUCAUGACUCAAAUAUUAUUAUGUUUUUGUGUAAAUAUAUACUGUAUUUUCCGGAGUAUAAGUCGUACCAGUGAAAAAAAAGCAUAAUAAUGAAGAAAAAACAUAUAUAAGUCGCAUUUUUGGGGCGAAAUUUAUUUUACAAA